AUGCCUAGCCUCGAGGUUCCUCAGCGCCUAUCGACCGACGACUUCGUCACCACCCAUGGUCAAACAUCAGGGACUUUCAAGCAACCUCCUCUUGAUGGAUCUCUUAAUCUCCCUAUGAUGGUGGAAUGGCAUGCCGAGCAUUCACCUCAGCAUACCUGGGCUGUGUAUCCCAAACCUGAUGGAACCUUACAGCACAUCACCUGGAAGCAUCUUGCGCAUGCAACGGAAAAUAUUCUUGUUGGAGUUCUGCGUGCAGGAUAUACUGCAUUCCUUAUCAGCCCGAGGAACGCAAAAUCUGGAGUUGUCCACCUACUAAAGGUAACGGAUACGGUGGGAAUCAUUGGCUCUUCAGACAGGACCGAGAAGACGUUGAUCGAUGCGGUCAGGGCUGAGAAUCACUUACCUAUAGCGGAGGCACCGCUUUUCGACGACCUGUUUGACUUGCAUGAUGACCCAGUCUCGUGCUUCUCUCCCUCACUCAAUACCCUUCAGUCGGACUUUGAUAGUUCGGAAACAGCCCUGAUCAUUCACUCUUCUGGCUCGACGGGAUUCCCCAAGCCCAUCCCUCUGAGCCAUCUUGGGGUACUGCAGUGGGCCCGGAUCCCUUGCUAUGGCCAUCAUGACCUCUGUGGAAAGCGAAUUGGGAUACAGUCAGCUCCGCCAUUUCACGGCAUGGGGUUCUUUCAUGUGCUCGGAUACCCUCUUGCGUGCGGUAGUCACGUUGCCUGUUUUCCACCACAAGAGCCACCGGUUCGUCCAACACCAGAACGGGUCCUUGAGGCUUGGAAGAACACAGGCGUGCAAAUAGGCACUGGGCCCCCCUCAAAUCUCGUUGAAUGGUCGAAAGAUCCUGAAGCCGUCCGAUUUCUAACGACACUUGAGUGGCUCCGUACAGGAGGCGGACCGCUUCCGACACCUAUCGGCAAUGCUCUAGUGGCUCAGGGAGUCCGCCUGUUGAACGGUUGGGGAACCACUGAGGUCGGAGUUCUCUCCCAGCCUGCUCCGAAGGAGCCAUAUGGUAAAGAUUGGGAAUAUAUCCAAGUCACCAGGAACGCAAAACCUAUAUUUGAAAAGCAUGGUGAUAAUGCUUACGAGAUUUGCUUCCCCUGCACUCCAACCCACUAUCCCAGUGUCUUCAAUGACACAGAAAAUUGGAUCUACCGCACCUCUGACUUGGUUGAGAUGCAUCCUACUGAACCAGGCUUUUUCAAAGUUGUUGGACGCGCUGACGAUCAACUGAUGCUAAGCACUGGUGAAAAGACAAACCCUGGGCCUCUCGAGAACGUUAUCAAGGGAAAUAUUUUGGUCGACAACAUCAUCUACUUUGGUCGUGGCCGCUUCUAUAACGGAAUUCUCGUACAGCCUUCGUCUGGUCAAGAAAUCGAUGUAACUGACGAUGCCGACGUUGCGAAGUAUCGUAACGCUAUCUGGCCCUCCGUUUCACAAGCCAAUGAUAUUGCACCGACUCAUAGUAGAAUCUUCAAAGAGAUGAUACUCAUUGCUUCUAGGGAGAAACCUCUCCCUCUAACUCCGAAGGGCACUAUUUCGCGACCUCGUGCUUUGGAGCUCUACGCCAAUGAAAUUGAUGCUAUCUAUGAAGCUGUGGAAAGUUCGGCCAAUUCGGGGAUUGCGCUUCCAAGGUCCAUAUCCCUCGAAUCUCUCAGCCGAUACGUCCAAGACCUCGUAACGGGAGUUAUGCGCCCUGAUGGAGGUGAGCUGGAUGUAGAGAAAGAUAUUUUCCUGCAAGGAUGCGACAGUCUUCAAGCAACGAUGAUCCGAAACCGUCUUCUGGCAACUCUUCGAUCCGAAGGAAAGGAUGUGAAAAAUAUUCCCGCCAACUGGGUAUAUCUCAACUCGACGCUCCCUCUGUUAAGCGCGUCUUUUUAUCAGAUUUUCACCUCUUCCUUCCAGGCUCGCUCAGCAUCUGAGAUCAUGAAAGAGAAAGUCGACCUUUUAAACAAAACAGAGAGCGAAUACAUAAGGAGACUCAAAUCCUCAAAGAAAGCUGCGGUAAUUCUAACAGGCUCCACUGGCACGCUGGGGUGCUACUUGCUUCAAGAGCUCGUGAGGGACCUAGAUGUCGGCACGAUUUACGCGGUAAACCGCCCCAGCUCGGAAACUGGGCCGGAGCGACAGAGAUCUGCACUUAUCAAGCGAGGCAUAGAUCCCGAUAUCUUGUCAAAUGACCGCGUGAUGCACAAAUCUGUGGAACUUAUCAUUCACAACGCUUGGCGACUCGACUUCAACCUUGGGCUUAAUUCCUUCAAGCCUAACAUGGAUGGCGUGGUUAAUCUCAUCAACUUCGCCCUUACAUCUCCUCUACAGGAACAUCCUCGUAUUUUCAAUACGUCCUCGAUAAGUGUACUAUCAGCACAUCCUACCGGCUGGGUUGCAGAGGCUACUGCCGACCCUCGGUUUGUAGCCCCGACUGGUUAUGGGCAGUCGAAAUACAUUGGUGAAAAGCUACUUGAAGCUGCGCCUCUGACAACCUGCUCUAUUCGUAUCGGCCAACUUUCAGGAUCCACCACGAAUGGAGCUUGGAACGUAACUGAUUGGCUACCCAUGUUGGUUAAGUCUUCGAAAGUUUGUGGUGGCCUCCCUGCCGGAAAAGAGGACAUUGCCUGGUUUCCUGUCGACAAAGCCGCCCAGAUUAUUAUAGAGCUGACCAAGGCCCAAACCGUGCCGCCCAUUCUCCACUUGGCUCACCCACGCCCCAUAAAGUGGGAUACUUUUGUCAACCGCAUGGCUAAGAACCUGGACGUUCCCGUUAUCCCUUUCGAUACUUGGAUUCAGAGGAUGUCUUCACCGGAGGCGUCGGAUCAGUCACUCAAUCCUGCUGUCAAGAUCCUUGGCUUUUUCAAGGCCAGGCCACUGACAGAGGGGACUCCUGGACGUGAAGCAGCUGGCAUACCUAGGGUAGAGACUAAGCUGGCUGAAUCUCACUCGCCAACGCUCGCUAAGGCGUCGUCGUUGACAGUUGCUGAUUUUGACAGGAUGUAUGAGUACUGGCGUGGGGAAAAUUUCUUUUCCUAA